UUUGAAAAAAAUGGCGAAUUUGACUGGUGAUGCUGUGGUGGCUAUGGCCCAGAAGCAGGCUUUCGAUCCGUGGGCUUUGCCCGAUACCUUCACUCUCUAUGCCUAUGCUCCGGAGGAUAUCCGCAGCUUCCUUCACCCUCACUGGCACUCCUACAAGGCUCUGCACCCGGCUUGGUAUUACUUUUUGGGUUUGAUGUACUUGGUCAUCGGCACCUGCGCCGUUGCUGGAAACGCCGUCGUCCUCAAGAUCUUUAGCCGUUUCCCGGCUCUCCGCACUCCUGCCAACUUGUUGGUGAUGAACUUGGCCGUCUCUGACUUCUUGCUGAUGCUCGCUCUCUUCCCUGAAUGCGUCUACAACUUCUUCCUUGGUGGCCCAUGGCGCUUUGGAGAAAUGGGUUGCCAGAUCCACGCUUUCUUGGGCGCUUGCUUCGGCUACAACCAAAUCUUCACUUUGACCAUGAUCUCGUACGACCGUUACAACGUCAUCGUCAAGGGAUUCAGCGGAACUCCUCUCACCUUCAACCGCGCUGUUACCAUCAUCACCAUGAGCUGGAUCUGGGCUUUGGGCUGGUCCAUCUGCCCGAUGGUUGGCUGGGGUGCGUACGCCAUGGAUGGUAUCAUGGGAACAUGUUCGUAUGACUACGUCUCCCAAACCAUGAAUAACAAGACCCACAUCAUGGCUGCCACUUUUGCCAACUACAUCCUGCCAAUCAUGAUUAUUGCUGGUUGCUAUUACUUCAUCGUCCAUGCAGUCUUCAAGCACGAGGAAGAACUCCGUGCCCAGGCCAAAAAGAUGAAUGUUGCUUCUCUUCGUAGCAACAACGAUCAACAGCAAGUCUCUGCUGAGAUCCGCAUUGCCAAGGUCUCCAUCAUGAACGUGUCUAUGUGGUUGGCCGCAUGGACCCCUUUCGCCGUCAUCUGCAUUGUUGGUACCUGGGGUGAUGUCACCAAGAUUACUCCAUUGGUUUCCGCUAUCCCAGUCAUCUUGGCCAAGACUUCCUGCGCCUACAACCCUUUGAUCUACGCCAUCUCUCAUCCUAAAUACCGCGAGUGCCUGAAGCAGAUGUUCCCAUGGAUGUGCAUUGUUGAGGAGAAGAAACCAGCUGCCGAUAAUCAAUCCGUUAUCUCUGGGAAAACUGAAACGACUGAAAUCGUCAAGUGCGAAUCAGCCUAAGCCUUUCGAGCAUUGAAAAUGAUCCUCUUUGCUAAUAGCAGCGAUGGGGUUUGUUGGUUACCUGAUGGCUAUCAUUUGAAUGACGACACUGAUAAUUGACCUAGACCAAGCAAACGUGAACUUCACCAAACGGCUUAUUAUGGAAUUCUGUUUUAUUUUCUGUCCCUUCGACCCAAAUUUUUUGUUUAAAUUUUCCGUUUUCUCGAAAACAUUUUCGAAUUCGACAACCAAAAACUGUUGAAUACACUGGAAUGCAAAAA